UAUUGGGAUGUUUUUUAAUUUUCCCUCAUUAUUGGAUUUUUAUAGUAUGUUCUUUGACAUUUUAGAAGAAAAAAAGAAAAGUAUAGAGAAAAUAUUUGGAAAGAAUAUUUUUGAUAAAAUAAAAUUACAAAAUUUGGUAAAAAAUGAAACAAACAUUAAACAUGAGCAAAUCAUUGGAGGUCUUUAUAAUUCAGGAAAUAGUUGUUAUAUAAACUGUAUUAUUCAAUCAUUUGCAUCUUUAAAUGAAUUAGAAUAUAUUCUGGAAAAAUUAUCUAAAGAACAGGAUAAUCCUAUUGCAUCAGCUACAUUUUCUAUUAUAUUUAAGCUCAAUCAUUCAUCUUCAUUAUCUCGAACACAUAGCACUUCCAAACUCAUAAAAACUUUGUCACUAAAUAAAAAAAUUUAUGACUAUGAACAACAAGAUGCUCAAGAAUUUUUCCAAAUUUUAACAACACAACUAAAUACAGAAAUUUUAAGGAUGUCAAAAAAAUGCACAGAAAAAGGAUUUUCAGAUUCCAUCAAAACAAGAUCAGAAAUUUGCAACAUAGAAAAUGAAAUAAAAAGUCCAUUUGAUGGACUUAUGGCUAAUAGAUUAGAAUGUAUAAAUUGUGGGUUUUCAGAAGGAAUAAUUCACUCAUCGUUUACAAGUGUAUCUCUUCCAUUGUCAUCCUCACAGGAAUUAUGUUCAUUAGAAGAUUGUUUAUCGGCAUACGUUAACAAAGAAAUGAUUGAAGAUAUUCUUUGUCAAAAGUGCUCACUAAUUGCGUCUAAAAAAGAUCUCGAAAUUCUUCUAAAAUCUUUACCUAAUUCUGAAAUGUCUCAAAAUAUCAAAAAAAAAUUAAAUGCCAUUAUUUCUGCUUUAGAAACAGAAGUCCUGGACGCAGAAUAUUUAAAAGACUUCAAACUUCCUCGUCUUGUCAAUAGUAUUAAAUCAAAACAAAUUAUGUUUGCUCGUCUUCCUAAAAUUUUAACUCUCCACAUUAAUCGUUCAACUAUUUCACCUAUCAAUGGCUCUAUCUAUAAGAAUACAGCAUCUAUUACGUUUCCUCUUAUAUUAGAUUUAAACAGAUACACAACAUCAUAUUCAACCUUAUGGAUAGAUCCUAUACAAACAACGUCUAUACCUAAUCAAAAAAACCAAUCAAAAUAUGAAUUGAAGUCAAUAAUAGUACAUUAUGGCUCUCAUACAUUUGGGCAUUAUGUAACAUUUAGAAAGACAUUGAGAGGAUGGUUUAAAAUUAGCGAUAGAAACGUUAGAGCAUGCAGUAUCGAAGAGGUUCUUCACUCCGGAAACGUAUUUAUGCUAAUGUAUGAACAAAUAAAAGAUAAUCUUAAUAUAAAUCAAAUUAUUCAAAAUUUUAGAUCAGAAAAUUAUACUAAACCUUAUUCAAUAAAAUAUCUUUCUUCUGUAUUUAAUAAUGGAAAAGAAAAUUGUAGUGAGGGAUUUCAAACAGAAACUAAAACUCAAAAUUCAUUAGGUGUAUCAACAAUAAAUAACACAAACUACUUAUAUCCUAUAAUGAAAACAUGCAUUACGAAAUCAUCAUUGUAUUCACCAUUGCCUAUAAUAUCUAGAAAAAAUUGAGAUUAUUAUCAUUAAGUAACUAUUGUAAAGCCAAAUCAUCUAAAAU